AGACUUCCGGGAAUGGUUGGGAAACAGACCAAACAGACCAGUCUGGGGUUUGUGGUUUGAGAAGUCAAUGAUAUAAAUUAAAUAUUAUUCCUUAGCUGUUCAUUUUCUCAAAAUCUAAAGAUACAACCUAGAUUAGAUCCGAUGUCUUAAGUAGUUGGGCAUGUUAUUACUCCAAGCUCGUGAAAGUGAAAAACUGAAACGUUUUCAUUUUCGUCAAAAACAACGUUAUAUCGACGGAGUGCCGUUGAUUUGACGGCCUGCACGUGCGUAGUUCGGCACGAGACGACCGUUGUUGACCUUGGCCUGUUUCUACGCAUGAGUUUAGUGAGCCAACGUCGCCUACAAGCGCGCUCUGGGAUUUAUACUGAAGAAGCAGUUUUAGCCUAUCUCCAUAGUGUACUGUCUUUGAUACAGUCAUUGCUUUUUACGACUUGACUGACAGGGAUGAAGAGGAUAACAGCGCCCUCGUAGAGCAGCUUCACACAGUGGGAUCAGUCCAGCGACGAGGGGAGGGAAGUGCGUGGCAUCCUCUUCGGGUCUUCAACUUCCAUUAACGGAAUAAAAACUGCCAUUGUAUCUUGUUUUGCUUUGACAGACGUGAUGAGUGGCAGGGUUGGCGACCUAAGUCCGAAGCAGGCUGAGGCAUUGGAGGAGUUUCGAGAGAGGAUUCAGGAUGUUCUUCCACUGCUUCCUGCUCAGCAUGACCACUUCCUGUUGCGCUGGCUCAGAGCCAGGAACUUCAAUGUCAAUAAGUCAGAAGCCAUGCUUCGAAAGCACCUUGACUUCAGGAAACACAUGAAAGCAGACACAAUCACCACAGAAUGGCAGCCUCCAGAGGUUAUUGAGAAGUACCUGUCUGGUGGGAUGUGCGGGUUUGACCGGGAGGGAAGCCCCAUCUGGUGGGAUGUCAUCGGCCCUGUGGACCCUAAGGGCCUCUUCCUGUCUGCCUCUAAACAGGACUUCAUCAAGUCUAAGAUCAGAGACUGUGAGAUGCUGCAGAAGGAGUGUGACCUGCAGUCUGAGAGGCUCGGGAGGCAUGUGGAAGCCAUUACUAUGAUCUAUGACUGUGAGGGUCUGGGUCUCAAACAUUUGUGGAAGCCUGCCAUCGAGACUUACGGAGAGAUCCUGACCAUGUUUGAAGACAACUACCCUGAGGGCCUCAAGAGACUAUUUGUCAUUAAAGCCCCCAAGCUCUUCCCCGUGGCCUACAACCUCGUCAAGCACUUCCUGAGUGAGAUCACCCGCAACAAGAUCAUUGUCCUGGGUGCCAACUGGCAGGAGGUGUUGCUGAACUACAUAGACCCAGAGCAGCUUCCUGCUGCGUACGGAGGGAAACUCACCGACCCGGACGGGGACUCUCGCUGUAGGACCAAGAUCCACUAUGCUGGGACAGUGCCUACGUCCUACUAUGUUCGUGAGUCAGUGAAGGUGGACUAUGAACAGUGUCUAACAGUCAGCCGUGGCUCCUCACAGCAGCUAGAAUAUGAGAUCCUCUGCCCUGGCUGUGUGCUCAGGUGGCAGUUUUCUAGUGAUGGGGCAGACAUCGGCUUUGGGGUGUUUAUGAAGGGCAAGAUAGGAGAGAGGCAGAAUGCAGGGCAGAUGCAGGAGGUGGUUCCCAGCCAGAGAUACAACGCACACCUGGUGCCCGAAGACGGCUCUCUCACCUGCAGCGAGCCUGGGGUCUAUGUGCUGCGGUUUGACAACACCUACAGUAUCUUCCAGUCCAAACGCAUCAGCUUCACCGUCGAGGUCCUGCUCCCAGGCCAAUCUCAGUCUCCGAAAAAACAGGCUGGCUCACAAGUGGAGGCCAGCAACCAAUCGCAGUCUCCGAAUAACCAGGGUGGGUCAGAAUCUGGGGCCAGCAGCUAAUUGUGACAGACGUUACUGAGCUAGAGCUAGUCUCAGCCCCGGCCAUGGUCAGUGAAGUCAGACCUGAAACCACUGAAACAGACUCCAGUGAUCAGCACUGAGGUACUUCAUCUGACAAUGGGUCAUUGUGCUGCUCACGAAUGAAGGUAUGUAGCUCUGGUCCAGUGCAUUACAUGCGGCUUGCUGAUGCUGAGACUUCUACAUCUGCAAGCCACACGUAAUGCCCUGGACCAGAGCUAGAAUGUACAAUGAAGAGAAACAAGUCCACAACUCAGGGUCCCUGGAGUAGAGGAGAUGUUGUCAAACACAGACGGAAAUAACUGGUUUACUUUUUACAAUAAGUGUAUGGCUUUUAAAAAUCUAUUUAAUUUUUUAUGACCAGGAAGUAUAGUAUAUCUGAAUGUCAUUGAGGGUCCAGGGUGUAUUAUUUUACAAUGCUGAGAGCAGAGCAGCAAGACCUCAGGAGAUAUUUAUUUCGUCAACACUCCUCCAUAUAACCAUCUGUUCAUGUAGAAUCUCUUUUCCUUGGCAACAACGCAUUAUGGGCAUCACCCUCUCUUUCUCUCUCUCAAGCACUGGUUGAAUUUCAAGGUUUUUCCUUGAUUUCUCAUGUCCUUGAUUCCUCACCUUCUUCUCAAAAGGCAAGGAAUAAGGAAAUACUUUUGAGAUGUACCCUCUCGCUCUCACUCUUUCUCUCUUCUUUCUGUCAUGAUUUAUGAGUCAAGACAAAAUUAGGCCAUUUUGAGUAUGCCUUUUUCUUUUCAAAAUCAACACAGUUCUGUUCAAAUGAAUAUGUUGACAUACCGGUAGUUUUAUUUUCAGGGAAAACAAAUCUGUAUUUUGUCUUUUAAAUGUUAGAACAUGAAAGGCAAGAAAUCUUUGAAAAUGCUAAUAUCCACUGUCCAAAAUAUGUAUCAUUAUGCAUUAUUGCAGUAGAAUGACAUUCCAUGUUGUUGUGUAACCUUCAGCAGCAAUUUGUUCCUGUAUAGGGUUGCAAUUUGCAAAAUUCCAGCAACUUUCCCAAAAUUCCCAGGAUUUCCCAAAAUUCCCAGGAUUUAUCUAUAUGUAACAACGAGAGACAUACAUGCCCUGGUGUAAAUGCUUGCCUUAAAUACGUCAGUGUGUUUAAAGAAUGUGCAGCACUAAACGAACUGGCCCUUAUGGGCAGUUGAAACACUCAAAACGCUCUAUUAUAUGUAAUCUGUAAACUGUACUUCAUAUUGAUUGAAGUCGUCUUCUGCCAGCAUCUUGAUAAAGUAUUUUGCACAGUGAAAAUCAUGGAAUGUAGCUAGCUAUUAUAGCCUUAUUUGAAGUUGGUUUGUGCUCACUGUUCAAUAGAUAAUUUAUGUUACCUUUAUGUAUUUUAUUAAUGAGUAGGGGGAACAGUACCCACUCCAAAACAUUUAAAUUGUUAUCUUUUUGUGAACAUUUGUCAAUCUUUUCUUUAGUUAAAAUUAGAAACAUGUAAUUUAUUUUUGUAGAAUUCAUGUAGUCAGUGCAUUUUUAAUGUAACAGAAACAAAUCUGAGCUGUAUCAAUCUAUUGGGAAAAUAAUAUACAUGUUUGAAUCAACUUGAAAGAAUCUCGUCCACUAGCCGUCUCUCUUUCUCUGUCUAACCUGUAUGCAGAUGUGGUAACAGUUAAGCCUGGGGACUGAAUAUACAGUAUACUAACUAAACAAGUACUUGGAUGUACAGUAUGGUACAAAAUGAUCGCACUUUAGAGCCCUGACAGUACCUUAGUCUACAAAAGUAAAGGUAUGUCUGUGUCUUUCUCCAGUAGUUGUAUCUAUUGUCUGACUGUUAGUUUUCUAAGCAUUUAUUUUAU